GCGAAACGUGUACAUUCGUCGUGGAAACCGACGAGGACCUCCGAAGCGAGAAAUGCCCCAUGAGAUGCAACAUGGUCUUGGCAGUCAUGUUCGAAACGAGAAGCCAAGUCCACUGGAUCCGGAGUACUGGCGUGGAAUCACCCAUUCUGUUGGUGAGUCUGUACCGACAACAUUCGACAACUCGCUCCAUCACCAGCAAUUCUACGACGCGUAUUCCCCGCAUUCCGCAGCGCCAGUGCAUCCCCAUCAUCACGUUGUAAUCAGUCCUAUUCCCCAUGCACGACAUGUUUCUAGUGGGGGAUUUGACAUGCAAGACAAACCCUUUGAUGUGGGAGUGCCGAAAGCAUACCACGGCCACCACCAAUACCCGGAGGGACCACAGUUGAGAGUGCAAUUGCGACGUUGUUUUUCAGCAGUGACGAUGAAUCUGCGCCAAUUGCUUGGAGCUUACGACCACCAUCGGUGUGGAGGAGUGACGUUGUCAGCAUUCCAAGAUGCUCUCAAUCAAUGUGGCAUUUUUUUGUCCACGAUGCAACUUAAUGGUAUCCAGCAGCGAUUUUACAACUCUAAAAUCGAUGCCAUCGACUACAAUGCUCUGGCGUCUUUCUUGGCACUGGACUCACAUGAAGUUGAUGCGAUUCUCAAGGACAUUGCUGGACACUUGACGUCUUCUUUCGGCGAUAUUCGUCAAAUGCUCCAGCAAUACGAUCCCCAUGGUUCAGGAUGUGUACCUCGCUCGACGUUUUAUGAAUUUUGCCGUCAGUUCAGCAGCGCACCCGACAUUGACUUGCAUUGGUUUGCCCAGUCUUUUGUGAGCCCAUACGAGCCACACAUGAUAUCGUACGGUCGACUCAUGGAAAUGAUGCCCCAUUCGUCAGCUGGCGGAACACAAUACAGCGGGGGCCACCAUGACUUGAGAGGGGCAAUGUACAACAUGAAUGUAUUUCCUACAUCACCAAUGUUGGCAAGGCAACCAACACCCCAAGGUGUCCUAUUUUCUCCGACGCAUCAACAUCAUACAGGGUACACCACUAUGGUGAAUCAUGCCGUCCCAACUGCUCAAGUCGUCCUGCAGAAAAAUGGCUGGAUUUGUCGUGUUUGUGCUCAUCAACAAAUCGAAGACUGGGUCACGCACUGCGAAAUUUGCGAAACUUCUAAACCUCAUGGGGGUGCUCGGGGAAUUUUUGUGAAAUGUCCCCAUUGCAAAUUCGACAACAAUUUUGAUGCCUCACGUUGUGAACUGUGCAACCACUCGAUCAAGUUGCGCCACCACAGAAAAUCCAAGAAGAAGAAAUAUGCCAGCAGCAGUUCCUCCUCCAGUAGCAGCAGCAGUAGCUCGAGCAGUUCGUCUGGCAGUGACGGGGAUCGUCGUCGAAAGCGAAGUCGAAGCCGUCGAUCGAAGAGCCAAAAGAAACGACGACAGGGCCACACACAUCGUUUCCAUCAAGGUGAAUCCAUCCAAGCAAUUCCGAUGAACGCGAAUGAGUACGAACUGGGCCGAAUUGUAAAGUUGCACAAGGAUGACACAUACGACGUGAAAUUUGACAGUGGCAAAGUCGAACAGUAUGUUCCUGAGCAGUCAAUCCGCGAAUUGGUUCGCUCGAAACACCACCAUUCGCCAUCGCACAGAUACCAGUCUUCUUCGCCGCGCAAACACCAUCAAAGUCACCAAGGUCGCGAUGACUAUCAAGAUUAUCACGACACGAAACACGGCAAACAUCACCGGCCAUCAUCACCACGGAAAGACCACGCAAAGCACAGCAAUGAUGAGUCGUCAUCGGAUGCCACCCCAAAAGCUAAAUCCCCUCGCAAACCAAACCGUCCAGAACCAAUUGUCACAACCGAUUCAGAAUCAUCUCGUCAACCAAAGUACAAAGUUGGACAGAGCGUCAAAGCUGACUACAAGUGCCAGGGCGAAAAAUUGGCCGCUGUCGUUUCAAAAGUGCACUCCGAUGGCACAUACGACUUAGAAUACGAAACCGGCAAGAUCGAAUCGCGCGUGGCCGAAUCACUGAUUUCUACGGGAACAAGCCAUUCACCCAAGAAGAAAAAAAUGGCCGACGAAACAACAAUUACGUCAGAUGAAAAGGUUAUUUUUGAAAAGGGUCAGAAAAUCGAAGCCAAGUACGGUGGCAAGUCGGCAUGGAAGGCUGGCAUUAUUGCGCGAAAGCGAGUAAAUGGCACAUACGACAUUGAUUACGAGGAGGGCGAGAAAGAGACGGGCGUUGCAUCCAAACUCAUCCGGGCCCGAGCAUCUUCACCGAAAAAGAAGAAGGCGGAGGAAACGUCGACCGAAGAAGAAAAGCCCAAGAAACUCAAAUUCAAACAAGGCGACAAAGUUGAAGCGCAAUACAAAGGGAAGGACAAGUUUUACUCCGGGAUCAUUGCACGUGCGCGUUUGAAUGGGUCUUAUGAUAUUGACUACGACGACGGAGAAAAGGAAGCUGGGGUGAAUGCCGACUUCAUCCGAGCCAAGAAGUCGUCGUCGUCACCCAAGAAGAAACAGGACGAAGAAGCGUCAACGGAAGAAGUGAAGCUCAAGAAGCACAAGUUCCAACUAGAUGAUAAGGUUGAAGCCAAGUGCGGUGGCGAAGACAAGUACUAUCCCGGAGUAAUUACUCGCGUCCGACUGAAUGGAACGUACAUUAUCGAAUACGAUCACGGAAUCACUGAAACGGGAGUUCCUGCUGACUUGAUUCGACUUCGAAGUUCGAGCCCCAAGAAGACCGAUGAUACCUCUGAGGAUGACCGCAAGCCAUCAAAAAAGUUCAAAGAAGGCGACAAAAUUGAGGCGCAGUACAAGGGCAAGUCCAAAUAUUACCCUGGGGUGAUCGCGAGAGCGCGGUCGAACGGAACGUACGACAUCGAUUACGACGACGGCGAGAAAGAAAAGGAAGUUGCAGUCGACUUCAUACGGGCAAAAGGAUCUUCGUCACCAAAAAAGAAGAUAGUCGAAGACACUACAACCGAGGAUGAGAAAUCAAAAAAGAAGUAUCAGCAAGGCGACAAAGUCGAAGCCAGAUGCGGUGGAGAAAACAAGUAUUAUCCCGGCGUGAUCACUCGUGUCCGACUCAACGGAACAUACAUAAUCGAAUACGACCACGGAAUCACUGAAACAGGUGUGACAGCCGAAUUGAUUCGAGCGCGAGGAGGAUCAAACAGCCCCAAAAAGAAGAAAUCUGACGACACUUCAGAAGAUGACCGGAAACUGUCCAAAAAGUUUAAGGAAGGUGAAAAGGUCGAAGCGCAGUACAAGGGCAAGUCCAAGUUCUACCCUGGCGUUAUUGCGCGUGCGCGACUCAACGGCACGUAUGACAUUGACUACGACGACGGUGAAAAGGAAAAGGAGGUUGCCGCGGAUCUAAUUCGAUCCAAGGAGUCAUCACCCAAGAAAAAGAAAUCCGAUGACACAUCCGAGGACGACAAAAAAGGCAAGAAGUUCAAGGAGGGUGAAAAGGUCGAGGCGCAGUACAAGGGCAAGUCCAAGUUCUACCCUGGUGUAAUCUCGAGAGCUCGUCUCAAUGGGACGUACGAUAUCGACUACGACGAUGGCGAAAAGGAGAAAGAAGUUGCUGCAGACCUCAUUCGGUCGAGGGAAAAGUCGAGUCCAAAGAAGAAGUCGGACGAAACGACGGAAGACGAGAAGAAGCCCAAGAAGUUCAAGGAGGGCGAGAAGGUGGAGGCCCAGUACAAGGGCAAGUCCAAAUUCUACCCUGGCGUGAUAUCGAGAGCGCGACUGAACGGCACAUAUGACAUUGACUAUGACGACGGAGAGAAGGAAACCGGCGUCGCAGCCGACCUCAUUCGAUCCAAGGAAAAAUCGAGCCCAAAGAAGAAAGGCAGCGACGACACGACCGACGACGAGGCAAAGAAGUUCAAGGAGGGCGAAAAGAUCGAGUGUCUGUACAAGGGAAAGACCAAGUACUACCCUGGCGUGAUUGCGCGCGCGAGGUCGAACGGGACGAGAAGGAAGUCGCGGCCAAGUUGA